GACGAACAUAUUUUCGGGGUAAAACAGCCGAAUCGUCGUGGUUAUGACUACGGAAUCGUCACCACUGGGAUGUACGUACAGUUUACAAAGGGGACCAGAGUGGUCCAGAACAUGAGGCUUGCGUUUGGCGGCACGGAUGAUAAACCGGUACUAGCGACAAAGGCGGCGGCUGCGGCAAUCAAAGAAAUGUGGAACGAAGACAUGCUGGAGAAAGUCAGUAAUGGUCUGGCAUCCGAACUACAAAGCGAAGCAUAUAACAACACAUCUUUCCGAAUUACACUAGCAUGUAGCUUUUUCCUGAAGUUCUUCAUGAAAAUAAAGGCGACACUAGAGACGGAUUCUGAUAAGCUUAGAAUAGGAUUGUCGUACACACCAGCUUCCAGUGUGCAAGUGUUCGAUGUUCCAGACGAUAGCGGUGCCCACGCCGUGUGGAAACCUAUCCCUAACGUGACUUCAGAAUACAUCACUGCUGGCGAAGCACAGUUUGUGGACGACAACCCAAGUGCAAUGAACGAGCUGUUUGCUGGACUUGUGACCAGUGCACAUGCCCAUGCAAAGAUUGUGUCGGUGGAUGUGUCGGCAGCACUAGAAGUGAAAGGAGUUGUUGACGUCGUAGACUACAAAGAUGUACCCUGUCACAACAAAUACGGGCCAUUAGUUCCUGAUCACAUGCUGUUUUGUGAAGAUGAGGUUUUUCAUCAUGGACAAGUGAUAUGUGCUAUACUAGCAGAGUCCAGAGAAAUUGCAAGCAAGGCGGUCAAACUCGUCAAAGUGGAAUACGAACCCCUUGAGGCAAUAGCAUCGCUGGAGGAUGCAAUCAAGAAGGGAAAUUUCACUGGGCAACCGUACACAGUUGAGCGUGGAAGCCUGGAAAAGGCAGAAAAGGAGGCGGACUUUGUUGUAGAAGGGGAAUGCGAGACUGGGGCCCAGGAACACAUGUAUAUGGAGCCCCAGUCCGCCCUAGUCGUCCCAAGGAAGGAGCAGAAUGAACUCGAUAUAGUCACAACCUCACAGGGUGUCACAGAGAUGCAG